CAUGUACCUGUUAUACAACAAUCUCAAGCCAUGCCACUACCCGGGUUUUCACCAUUACCAGGUUCGUCUGACUUAGGGCGGCUCGUUCAGAAUCGCCUCGACAAGGUACAACAGGGGUUUCCAGCCUUGCGGCCAACUACGCUCGAGGACUUCCAGGUACUAGCAAACAAGGUCUCUACGAUCGCCCAGGCGUGUCAAACAGUCACACAGAGACUAGAAGCGCAAGGCAACGGGCACGACGCAGCAACGGCCUUCGAGCAGGUCCGGAACGAACUCGACUGGGCUGAGUUCCUAGAGGUGGUUAAGGUUGAUCCAGUCCCUGUCAAGCGCACGCUGCUUUUCCGCGCACACCAGCAGACAGCCAGGGACCAGCCUGGAGAAUUUCAUGCGCGGACAACAGGAGUGGUGCUCAACGACCACUAUCGGCAGGCCACGUCAGUGAACGACUUUGUGCUCUCUCUGGGAAAGCAUCUGGGCAAGACCGCAAGAGAGACGAAGGAAGGAAGACGAGUGAUAACAAAGUUCAUUUCGACAAGCUCAAGGUUGAACUGGACUCUCCACCUGACAGGGAAGAAGUCGCGGGAGCAAGACGGGCUGAGAAAAGCAGAUCAUGUUAACUUCGUGAUCCUUGACUUGCAAGCCCUGAGCGAAACACCAAACGUGACUGUGUUUCGAGUCGCAGACGUACUUGACUUUCUCCAGCUAAGUGGAAAGUCCAGCCUCAUCUCAUAUGGGCACCAGCGAUGGGCAAGAAACUGCGACGAGUACGUCAUCAUGGGGCGAGACGUUGGAAACGCUGUUGUGCAGAUUGUGCCAUGGAUCGAGCUCCGAUGGAUCCCGAUCAUCAAUCAGCAUUUCCGCAACGCAUACACACUGAAAUGUUACCAGCAAUUUAGGGAUGAAGCUGUAGACAGACGCAUUGAAGCAGGGUUUGAGCAAGUGUGCAAGAUGGUGGUGGAGUCUGCUAAGGCAGUAGCGGGUCACAAGGCAAGUGAUGCAGCAUUGGUGCAGCUGUUAGUGAGGUUGAUCUUGAAGCCUGAGAUAUGGUUUUGGGGCAUUAACACGACUAUUGGACAAGAAGAGAUCAGAGAUGGAUGCAAGACGAUCAUAGAGAAUGAGCUAGUAGUAAAGAUGGGUCAAAUUUCAGUAGGUUAGCAGUAGUUCGCUCAUAUAAAAAGUACUAUUAGAGGAAAAUAUAAG